AUUUGUUUGGGAUGAAAAUAUGAUUUUGGAAAGGUCAAAAGAGGAGACAUACAGGUAGAUCUUGAUGAAAAUAAUAAAAGAAUGAGUUGAAAACAAGUCGGGAUGGGCACGGGGCAGGUCUGAAGCAAUAAACAUGCCCCGCCCAGGUAAUACCUUCCCCAAACAGGUUGGGGUGGGUAGGGUCGAGCGGGUCAGGUCAGAAAUUGCCACCACUAAUUGCGAUUUUAUAAUUUUUUGGGUAAUUCAAUAAAAUAUACUCAUAUUUUUCUAAAUUUUCAUUUAUAGUACAUACUUUUCAAUAUGACAAUUGUGUUCCAAAAUUUUGUUCCCGUUAAAAUUUUCGUUAGAGGUUAAGAGAAAACACAGUCACCGAUGAAAUGGUUGUUGACGUAAAAAUUUGUUUAAAAAACAAUUUAAGAAAAAAAAGACAAAAUAAAAUAGGAAAACAACCCCAACCCUUUUAAUCUUGUUCUCCUUUUCUGCAUCUUCUGUUGCCCCUUAUUUCUCCGAAUAUGCAAUUUUCCUUACAACACCACUGUCAUGCAAAAUUUCAUUGUGGUUAUCUCUUCACCUUCUCCAUUGUCAAGCAAUUGACAUCGAUUCAACAUCAAUCUCCACAACUGUCAAGUUUUUUGGAGGGACAUGCAAGCUCCCACUUCUUCAAGUCACUCUUUGCUGGAAUUUUUCAACUUAGCGUCUGGUUGCCUCGCCAUAUCAACGAAGCUCCUACUCUAACUUUCUUGGCCAUUUUUGUUAUUCGACGCCGCUCAUCGUCAUCUUCGUUGACUUUUGUUCUAUUGCAAUUCAUGAUCUACAAGAUGGGGGUAAAUAGAUGUGAAAUAACCCCUUAACUAACAACUCUCAUGCUCUUGUUAUGGUGAGUUUAUGUAGCAACAAGGAGAGAAGCAAUGUGCAAUAAAUUAGGGCCUGAAUGUUACAAAUCAAUUAUAUCAUGCAAGGUUCAAGAAAGUGGGCCUAGGCGCAUGCUUAGACUUGAUUAAGCGCUAGGUUGUGGAAGAACGCUUUGAUUUGGGCAUAAGCAUUGGGAAAAGCACUAGGUGCACUUAAUUUGGAUUAGUAGAGCCUAACCGGUCACCUAAGCGUUCUCCCAAUUCCACUCAACGUUUUCGUUACCCAUCUCUUACCCUCGUGAAGUGUUAGCUAGGUUAAUAAUGUGAAUAUGGGUGGUAUUCGGUUAACCGGUUAUACCGUUAACCAAAGGUAUCGAUAUGCGGUAUCACAAAAUGAGUUAACGAUAUACCGAGUUCUGCCCGGUUAAUAACCGACAGGUUGUAUACCGAAAUAACCAGAACCCACUCCAACCCUAUCACUUCCUUGCCUGCGUACCCUUUUCUUUUCUUCUCCCAGUCACCACUCACCACAAAUCAUGGCACUUUUAGUUCUCCCAGAUAUUUCCCCAACUAAACCAUCUCUCUAUUAUUUCCUAACUGCCUUAUGCGCUUGUUGAAUCCCCACCGCAGAUCAAGGCUUGAUUUUUGCAUAUCAAAGCUUGAUUUGUCAGGGAUAUUCCUUAACUGCCUUAUGUGCUUAUUGAAGCUCCACUAUAGAUAAAGGCUUAAUUUAUCCCAGAUCUUCUUUCUAGACAGCGGCGACUCAAGAAGCUCAAUCACCGUCCGAUCGUCACUAUUGCUAAAUCCCAACCCAUGAAGCUCAAUCACCCGUCACCACCACUGAAUCCCAACCAAGAAGUUCAAUCACUCGCCGCUACUGCCGAAUAGACCACAUUGUGAGAUAAGGUGAAUUAACUCGGGAAGAAUGAUUGGAAUUUCAAGAAAGUGUCCCUAUAGCGGAGAAGGGAACUGGAGCGCAGAGCAACGACAUUUUGCUGUGGGUUUCCUUCCCUCUCGUGUCAGUAUUCGGCUAACCAAUUUCUAAAUGUUAACCGACUAUCUGGUAAGAUGAUAAAUCGACAAGAACCCGGUAUCAAAAGAUGGCAGAGGUUUGAGGAAUUUUGGUAUACCAAUAACUGGUUGGUCGGUUACCAGCCCUAAAUGUGAAUUAGAAAUUAGAACCUGCAAAAUAUCAAGAGACUUGGCCUCUCUUCCUUCAAUGGACUUUCUAGGUCAAAUCUCAUAAAACAAGAAUUCCAAAUCUUCUUUAUUUGGAGUUGCCUUCGUUUCUCUUUCUCUAACAGUCUCUCUUCUUUAUCCCUCACAGUUGUUGGUGAGUUAGGAGGAUUUCACUGUUCAGCUGGCCACCGCUGAUAGAGAAACAACUGGGAGGAGCUCGCUGGCGCUCGACCACUAUCAACAAACUCUGAAUCUCGCUGCUCUACUAUGUAAUUCCUCUGCCUCUCUUUGCUUCUUGCUUCUUGCUUGUUGCUCAACUCUAUAAGUCCUCACUCGAAAACAACUUUGAAUUAGUAACCAAGAAGAAAUUGUUUAUGUUUCCUAGUCUUUUGAUGGAGAGAAGUAGCUCAGACAUUACUAUGCUAUUCUAUUUGGUUUCCUGUUUGUUAUUUUCUUCUUCUUCUUUUGAUGGAGAGAAGUAGCUUCCUAAUAUAUUCUUUUUGUCUGA